UUAUCUUUGGAUCUAUCGAGGGUUUAUUUGACAAUCACUCCUAUCUCAAAUCCCUCUUUGUUAUUUUGCACGCAAUCGAUAUUUUUCGCCACGGCGAGCGUUUAUGAUUUGAUCUGUCAAGUGGAGGUGUACUUUCGCCAUUUCAGCUGUCAUGAGAUAUUUUACGGAUCUCAAGUUACGUAGACAUUGUCCAUCCAAUUAAAUUGCAAUUACGAACGAGAUGUGUCAGUGGCGUACGAUUAAACGAGAUGUAUUGCGAUGGAUGUAAAUUAAGGUUAUGCCUCAAGUAUCGGCGAGUAGAGUGACGGGUCGUCGCUGCAGGUUGUCGCGCGUUAUUCCCUGGCGAUUAUUCCCCGCCGAUACGAAUCAAUGGCUCGAGCCUCGGUGUCGGCACAAUGCGAUCUGGUCGCGUCGUACAUGGACGGGGUACAUGUCAAGAUCGCGGAAGCGUAUAAACCACCGAGGAAAAUCGGCCUACCCGCGGCGUACAACAACCGAUUGCCGGAUGUAUCGAAGCUGAUGUAUGACUUCAGUUUGGAGAAAUCGGUGCUUGAGAAGAUAAGCGAGUGGCGCAAGGCUAGGCAGGCCUACAGCAAGGCACGUCAGGCUCGAUUGAAAGAGAAAAAGAAAAAGAUCGAGGAAACUCCUCCAUCCCCACCACCGCUGGAUUGUGUGAAGCAGUUACCCAUCAAUGUGCCACCAGCUCCGGAACCAACAAUACUUAUGCCACAGCCUCUAUCACCUCCAGCAAAUGACCUUCAGGAUCAUACAAAGAUCAAUGGAGGCCUAGACUUUGCUGACUUUGAUAAUGAUACAAGUAGCCCCUUUGAUAACAUGGAAUUAAAAACCAUCAAUGACAUGGAGGAGUUAGCGCAGGUCUUACAACCUAGAUCGCAAUGGGUACCUGCAGGAAAAUUGGAAAAUAUUAUAAAUGAAUUAACAAUCGAUGAUACAGCCGAGAUUUGUAAGGAGGAAGAGGCUAAUAUGGAGAAUCAGAUGGAUGACGAAGCCGAUACAGACAUGCAUAUCGAAAAUCACCGUAGCGUUUCAACAAUAAUGCAAGAACUUCAAAAGGAAUUAGAACGGCCUGCUAUAAAGGAUUGGAAGCCAUGGCCCGACUUGGAGAGUCCAGAUAGUGAUGUGCAUGCAGCAUCGAGGCAUGACGAUUCAACAUCAAAUCACGCGAAGCCCUCGACAGACCUAUUAUCGAGCAUGACAGAGGAUGACCGAAAAUUAGUAAUGCAUUUAAGUGACAUGGGAUUUCCUAAAUGCAGAGCGGCACGCGCGGUAUUGGAGUUGGGUCGAGUGCAUGAAAAGAAAAUCGUGGAGUACCUACUGGCCGUCCAAUCCUUAGAAGAGGUCGGUAUUCCAAAUGACUAUGCCGAGACGGCGCUGACGCUCGCGCAGUACGAUCAAUCCAAGGCAAGAAUCUACUAUGAGAACUUAUGUACGUUAAAAGAUCUAGGAUUUCCCGAGGAUAAAGCUUCUGCGGCAUUAGAAAAGUGUAAUUUUGAUCGUGAUAAGGCGUUAGAUCUUCUGAUAGCUUGAGCAGACGAUCGAAUCGGCGUUCACGAAAUGUGAGAGGCUGCAUAAUACUUCUUUUUGCGACUUGAUUACAUACUUAAACUGAUAGAAUCUUUAUAAAGCAGAGAAUUCAGAUUUUUAUGUAUUGCGUGGAAGUACAUAGAGUCACAAUCAUAACAUAUAUUUUAAUAAAAAGAAAAGAUGAAUGUAUCUGUGAAACUAGUCUUGAAUAAUGAUACCUCAAGAAACUACAUUAAACUGUGUAAUAUUGUAAUAAUUUAACUCCAUAAUCUGGGCAUUAUUGAACAUCAUUGAUAUUGGUAAUCAAUGCUGCAAAAUAAAUUAUAAUUACAU